CAUUUUUUUAUAUUUUCUAUUUCUUUUGGCUAAAAAUCCGUUCAACGAUUCUUACAAAUUGAACAAUCCCACGACAGUGUCAAGAGGGGAAGAGCGAGAACGAUCCGUGCUCCCGGGGUGUGGGAGCCAUGGCAGUAGCAGUGAACUGGUUCAAACCUUCUCCAUUUCUCGGUCGCAAAUUAUCAACUCGCUCUGCAAAUUUACCGUCUGGAGAGUGCAUGGGGAAUUCGUUACAGCCAUCUCGAAUCAAUGCACUAUUUUGGCGAUCUAGGAAGUCCAUGGAGUCAUGGGAAGUGGACUCUGUUUUAGGUCAUUUUACUUUGGCAGGGUCCGACUCAGAGGACACAGUGGUGAAGCUGGCACAACCCAAAAAGAUAACAGUGUCAGUUGUAUCUUCUAUCUCUGAGGUAGCAUCCUGUGAAUGGGAUGCUUGUGCUCUGGAUGCCACAGGCACUGAAAAGUUCAAUCCAUUUCUUACCCAUGGAUUUUUGUCAAGUUUAGAGGAUUCUGGUAGUGCAGUGAAGGAAACAGGAUGGAUGCCCCGUCACAUCAUUGCUAAGGAUGAAAACAACAAGAUUGUAGGUGUAGUCCCACUCUAUCUUAAAAGCCAUUCAUAUGGUGAAUUUGUUUUCGAUCAUUCUUGGGCUGAUGCAUAUUAUAGCUAUGGGUUAAAAUAUUACCCAAAGUUACAAUGCUCUGUGCCAUUCACGCCAGUAACUGGUCCAAGGAUUCUAGUUCGUAACACCUCAUACAAGGAUCAAGUUUUUGACGUUAUAGUAUCUGCAAUGAAGGAUCUGACUGAUAAGUCUCAGCUUUCAUCAUUGCAUAUUACUUUCCCCACUGAAAAUGAGUGGCACAAGCUUGGUGAAAAAGGUUUUCUACAGAGGAUGGGUAUGCAGUACCACUGGAAAAAUCGUAACUAUAAAAGUUUUGACGAGUUCUUGAUGGACAUGAAGCAAAGUAAAAGAAAAAAUAUUCGCCAGGAGCGCAAAAAGGUUUUAGCCCAGAACUUGAUUAUGAAACGGCUCCGUGGUUAUGAAAUAAAGGCAAGGCACUGGGAUUCCUUCUAUAAGUUCUACAGGAACACUGCUGAUAACAAGUGGGGUAGCCCUUACCUGACAAGGGAAUUUUUUCAUGAAAUGGGAUCAAAAAUGGGAGAUCAGGUGUUGCUAGUUGUUGCAGAAGAAGGAGAUGAACUUGUUGCAGGAGCUCUAAAUCUUAUUGGAGGAGAUACUUUGUUUGGGCGUCUAUGGGGAUGUAGCCCUCGAAGUUACUAUCCAAGUUUGCAUUUUGAAGCCUGUUAUUACCAGGCAAUUGAAGCGGCGAUUGAACUCAAUCUUCAAACAGUCGAGGCUGGAGCUCAGGGUGAGCAUAAGAUCCAGCGAGGGUAUAUGCCAGUGACAACUUAUAGCAGCCAUUACCUUACGGAAAAUGGAUUUAGGAAGCCUAUUGAAGACUUCUUAAUACGUGAAUCUUCUCAGGUGAAGCUUGUUAUCAAACUCUUGCAUGAUUCUGGCCCUUUUAAGGAAAGUAUCCUGAAGGGAGAAAUAAAUUGACAUAUUAAUAACUUGGGAAAAUAUAACUUUGGGUUUCUAUACUUUACUCGCAUUUUACUAUUUGUCCUUGCAUUUUUUUUUGGGUGUUUUAGGUCUUCUAAAGUCCUUACACUUUGUAAACAAUGAAAAACAAAAGUUUAGGGAUGUAAAACACUGAAAAACAGUGCAGGAAUUAAUAGCAAAACGCGAGCAAAGUAUAAGGACUGAAAAUUAUGUUUUCCUCUAACAACUUUCAUAUGUAAAUAUGCAUAUGGUUUUUUUCUCUCUCACUUUGUAAUUGUAAUUAUGAAUUUUUUUAGGAUUAUUGUAUAGUAACAUGAUGAAGCGGUGGCUAUCCGUACUUUUAGGCUUUUGCUGCCAAGGAUAACUAGUGCAGCUCCAUAGGGGCCACCCAUUCAUAACUUGCACCGGGGCCGAUGGUUUAGCAGUGGAGGAAGAAAUGAUUAAUUAAAAUAAGAUUAAUUGAUAGCA